UACUCUACCAUUCCGUAGUUGUCGUAACAAAAAGCUUCAGUACCUCAUCGAAAAACCGAAAUUAUUUUUCUUUUCAAAAUGAUUAAGCUUUAUUGUGCACCUUAUAGUCCACCAAGUCAGUCUGUCAAAUUGACAGCAGAACAUAUUGGAGUUUCUUACGAACUUGUAGAUUGCUACACUACAAAAGGAGACCAUUUGGCUGAAGAAUACGAAAAGUUAAAUCCCCAGAGGAAAAUACCAUUUAUUGUUGAUGGGGAUUUUAAACUUGGUGAAAGCCGAGCAAUUAUGAUUUACUUAGUAGAAAAAUAUGGCAAAAAUUCAAGAUUACUACCAAUAGAUCCAAUGGGACGGGCACUGGUUAAUCAAGCAAUGAAUUUUGAUAUGGGAAAUCUUUAUAAGUCAAUAUCUUCGUACUACUUUCCAGUUUUAACAAAACAGGAAGAAAGUCAUUCACCGGAAAAAUAUGAGAAGCUGAAAGAAUCAUUUUCUAUAUUAGAACAAAUCUUGGAUGGACAAGAUUUCGUGGCUGGUCGUAAUUUAACUAUUGCUGAUUUUACAGUCAUAAUUUCUGUAACAACUGCCGAGGUGUUUGGAUUUUAUCUUGAUAAGUACAAAAAUACAGUAAAAUGGAUAGAUCGUGUUAAAGUAGCCGUGCCGAGUUACAAGAAAAUCUACGCUGAAGACGUCGAUCAGCUGAAAAAGCUAAUGGUUAAGAUGAUGGAGAAUUGACGUCGAAAACAUCACUGCUACCCUCUCGGUUGUUUAAUCGGCAAAAAAAGCUUCCUUCACACUUUCAAAACGAGAAAAAAAUUUUAUCAUCAAAUGAUUCAGAAGAAGUGACGACGGUGGCGAUCGACGUCUGCAUUAAUUUAUUUAUAUAAAAUUCGAUCGGCCGAGAGAAAAUUCUUUGCAAGGAUUUACGAAGCCUUAAUAUCCUUAAAGUGUCUCGAGGAUAAUCAUUUUACACGCUUCGGUGGCAAUGUCGUAAAUGAUACAACUUUAUUUUCACCGACUAAGGGUUCGAGUCACUUUGUUUUUUAUCCGACACUUGCAAUUCAGGGUUAUAAUGUAUCCAAACGUGUCGCGUACAUUCUUAUUGUAUGCAUUUUUAUAACAGGCCUUAAUGCAUGUAUGCAUGCACAGUAGAUACCAUGCACGAGAGGCACAAAUGCAAGAAAUAAGAAAAAAAACGGCAACGGCAACGGCAACGGUGACGUUGAAGGGAAGAACGGACAGGAAGCCUUAGCUGGAUUGUGUCUACAACUUUCUUUCUUUCUUUCUUACGUUCACGCACGCACCAUAAUAUUCAAUAUUCUUACGAUGUCAAUACCAUAUACAUAUACGUCGCGCAUAUUACAAACGAUCACAGAGCGCGAGACAGAAAGAGACAGAGACAGAGAAGAAAAAAAGACGCAGAAAGUAUAUAUUUUGCAUAGGGCCGUGGAGAAGCCCUUCCUCUACUGGCGUAUGUAGCAAUAUUAUGUGUGUGAGUGCGUUCGGUAGUGCGACGCGUACGCGCAGAUACGAGAUUUUUUUACUUUUUCGGCUACUGGAAUGAGGUAGCAGUGAGGACACACGUUGCCGGUCAAAUUCAAAUGAAUAAACGGGUCCCGUGAGAAAGAACAAUAUUUCGAAGCUUUUAACGCCCGAGAGUGCAUGCGUCGCAAGGCACCAGUAUAUUAUGUGCACAUACACACGUUUGAUCUCGUCGCUUCCUUUUAUUUCUUUUUUUUUCUUUUUUUUUGUGUGCACGGUACGAGGCACGCGAGCAGAACAAGAGAAAGAACGGAUAAUGGAGUGCUGUGCGCGGAGCCCUACACGUACACAUUCUACGGAGUGUGUUAUGAAAGAAAAAAGAGUGAGAGAGAGCUUAACUAAUGAGAAGAGCGCUUUAAAUUAGGUACACCACUUGAAGCGACGACGCCAAAGUGAUGUGCCUGACUUGUCAAUGGCAGCUCGCAACAUUUAUUUUACUUUCACCGAUGCGAUUGUAGCUCAAAGACUUGUUGUACUCAAGCCUAUUAUUUGAUCACGUGUAA